UUGAUAUGGUUGUAGGUGAUAUUGCAAUAACAAACGACCGAGAAAUGGUCAUGGAUUUCACAUUCCCAUUUUACUUUGGCUUUAGCACUGUACUUCUUAAACGAUUGAGUAAUGAAAACAACAACUGGCGAAAACUAGCCGAUCCCUUGAAGUGGCAGGUUUAUGUACUUGUCAUCGCCACACUUUUACUUGGGUCCAUUAUUAUGAUGAUCUUGGAACGUUACAACCCGUACUAUACAACUGCGUUAAAGUCACAUCCAUCUGUUCACAAUUGUUUGAAGAACAGAUGCGGAUUCAUGUCAUUUUAUGGGUCUAUUUCUGGUCUGGGUUUGAUUUUAUUGAAUGAAGGCCAUACUGCUGACCAUGAGCCUAAGUCGAUAACUGGCAGGACAUUCUUCUGUGGAUGGUGUUUGUUUUGUUUGGUAAUCUAUGGAACGUACUGCGGAAAUCUCAUAGCUUGCUUGUCUGUAGUUAAAGAAAUUAAACCAUUUAAUUCGUUGAGUGAAAUGCUCCAACAAUCUGAUAGAUACACGUGGGGAACAAUAGGUGGAACACUCUGGGAACAGAAAUUCAUGACAUCCACUGUUCCGAAUUUCAAAGCAAUAGGUGAAGCAAUUAGACGGUUUAAUGAAACAGAUCCAGGUAUACUUAACACCAACAAUGCCUAUCACAUCAAUAAAGUUAAAAAUGAAGACAAUUAUGCGUUUAUCGGUGACGAUGGUUCCAUAACUAAAGCAAUAGCAAAUGACUGUCGACUAACUAAGAUACGAGAAAGAUUUAUAACGCUUACCGAAGCAUUUGGUUUUCCUGACAAUUCCCCUCAUGUAAAAAUAUUUGCUGAUAGGUUGUCGCAAAUGUAUAGCUCCGGUUUGAUAAAAGUCUUGAAAAAGAAGUGGUGGCAAUCGAAGAAACAACAAUGCAGCGACGAAACAACAAAAGCAGAGGCGAAACAAUUGAGAUUGAAACAUGUACAAAGUGCUUUCUAUGUUGCCGCCGGUGGACUAGCUUUAAGUGCAAUUGUGUUUGGGGCAGAAAUCCUCAUUUCAAAGAUUAGACCAUCAUCGAUACAGAGACAUGUGCGUGCAAGAAAAGACUGAAUUAUUUAAAAGAGAAAACGCGUUUAACCUAGUUUAAGACUAUAUUUAAGAAAAUGUUAGAAUUAUUAGAAAAGGAUCAGGAAAACAGGACUAAACAAUUUUUAUUUAUGACAAAAAUAUAAGGCAAAAAUUAAAUGAAAAUUCAAAAAGAUACAAAAUAACCUGGCUGGCGACAUAGCAAAAAGAUGUACAUUAGCAACAAAUGAUUUAUUGAAGAACACGACAGUUUUAAGAUAGGUCUAUAAGUAAUUGGCGAUAUUUCCAGUUGACCAAUACAAGAUGUGAAUUGAACUUUCUAUUUAUUAAAUGUGUUACCAAACAUGACUUGAUGUAUAGAUUUAUCAUCACCAUAUAUUCCAUUGAUCAUAAUUGUGAUUUUAUGCUGUCAUAUCUACUGAAAACGUGCAAAGAAAGAAACCAAAACGUGUUGCUGUUUUCACUUUAUAGUUUCUAUUUCUUUUUUGAC